AUGAACGACACGGACAUUUUCUGUCCAAACAAUUCUACGGACCCGUCAUGUGGAAACGGAACCACUUCGUCCCCGAGCUUCAUCGAUAUCACCACCUUUAUGCACAUUUUCCCGUCCAUUUAUGGCAUUCUGUGCUCUGUGGGGGUUCUGGCCAACGGACUGGUCAUUUACGCGGUGGCUGCGUGCAAGAAGAAAAUGGUGUCGGACAUCUACGUGCUUAACCUGGCCUUGGCAGAUAUGCUUUUCCUGUUGGUCAUGCCUUUCAACAUCCAUCAGCUUGUCAGAGACAGGCAGUGGGUCUUCGGGAACUUUAUGUGCAAGGCUGUGGUGGUGGUGGAUGUCAGUAACCAGUUUACAACCGUGGGGAUUGUCACCGUUCUCUGUAUUGAUCGGUACAUUGCCAUCGUUCACCCCACUUCAGAGCGGCGGACCAUCCAGUGGACUAUAAUCAUCAACAUGCUGGUGUGGAUUGGCAGCUUCCUUCUCACUGUGCCAGUCAUGAUGUACGCCAAAGUCGUACGUCAUGUCAUACGUAAAAAGCAUUUGGAGAUCUGCAUGAUGUAUCUGGACGGACCCGAAGACAUGUACUGGUACACCCUCUACCAGUCCAUCCUUGGCUUCAUCAUCCCCCUCAUCAUCAUCAGCACCUUCUACUCGCUCACGCUUUACCAUGUAUUCAGCUCCAUCCGUCGGGUUAAACGCAAGCAGACCGUGUGGGCCAAGAGAGCCACCAAGAUGGUGUUGAUGGUGAUCGCUCUGUUUCUGAUCUGCUGGUCACCCUACCACGUCAUUCAAGUGAUCAACGUCAGCAACAACUCCCCGACUGUCGCUUUUAUCUACGCCUACAACAUCAGUAUCUGCCUCUGCUACUCCCACAGCUGUAUCAAUCCGCUUAUGUUGCUGAUCUUUGCUCAAAAUUACCGUGAACGUCUUUGUCGCAGGAACAUACUGAACAGUUCCCAGCACUCAUCAAAGGUGACUGUGGUCAAAACAGAGGGUUCAAGUAUGGCCAAUGACCCUAAUAAUCGUUGUACUACCAUUUAA